CACUGCGAUCCGACGCGCUCGCGGUUCCUCUAGAAACAAAUUCGUCAACAAAUACAUCGUCGCCUCCUACUCCACCACCACUCAGCCUCUCUCUCACUCUCUACUCACCAGGGGUCUAAUACAGCCGUCUUACAGCUACUACACCUGUUUCGCGUUAAGAAGGUCUCUGCAUCACCUGGCGGUGCUUUCAGAUGCGCUGCCUCCUCGGCCGUCUGGAACGCUCUCUUCCUUCCGAUAUUAGGACGGCACUGGGAUCUCUACUGUACUUUUAAAUAGUCAUCAUCGAGGUUGAUAAACCCAUUUCUUUCGAAGCUGCUGUUGUGUUUUGGGGGGGGGGGGGGGGGUUCGUGUCCCUCCGCGACACGUCCGAUUAGCACGUUUGGUUAGCUACGUACGGUGCGAAAGAAGUUAAAACGUGCACAGACACGCGUCUCGGAGCAAGAGGAUCAACCGCUUGGACGAGGGUCCGGCCGAGAGAUCCCUCGAGCCGACGGAGGUUUCAGGACCCGAGGCCUCUCACCGGCACCUGCAGCCUCGCCUCCAGUCAAGGUGUCGAGCCAGGGAAUGGAGUCGAACAGGUCACGUCCACCUUCCAGCCAGUUGGUGGACGUGCACGUGUGGCUGCUGCCGCAGCCGCUGUGGAAGGAGGAGACGAACACGGCCCUGGCGCAGGACACCUCGCGGGCCGUGUCCGUGGGAUUCGUGCGGACUCUGCCGGACUGGCCGCUGCUCUCGGUUCGCAGGCAGGUGGAGCGCGACUUGGACCGGGACGUGCCUCAACAAUUCCUCUUCCUCAAGGGCAUGGGGCCGCACCUCGUUCACGUGAAUGUGAAACAAGAGCAACACGUGAAGGUGAAAUCCAUCUUUUAUUCCCUGGUCCCGGACGAGUCCCCGCCGCGGUCCGGACGUCAUCUUCAUCCUCCCCGGCUCUGCCCUGCGGUCACCGAGCCGCCCGCUCUCUCUCCCGUGGGGCAGCCGCCAGACGGGGCGGUGGGACGCGUCGACGCCCCCGAGCCGGGAGCCGGGCAACCUCGGCGGCGGCAGCGCCGGUGGCGGCGCCGGAGCCGCCGUCCUGAACAAUCGUACGCCUCCUCCUCCUCCUCCCCCCCUAAUGCCGCCAUCGCCAACAAUGCCGCCGCCGCCGCCGCUUCUGACCCCGAGGUUGGAGCUCCCGGCGCCGUCCCGCCACCAGGAGGCUGCCCGAGGGGGCGGCGAGACGGUCGCCGGGAACGGGGCCGCCGGAAGAGCGGCCGCCGGGCAGCGGGGGGGCGGCGGCGACUUGGCCGCCGCCAGGGUUCCCACGACGCCGGGAACGAGCGCGACGCUGGACUCGGGGAUCGGCGGCCAGGCGUUGUCGGUGUCGUUGCGGUCGGGUGACGCACAGACGUACGUAAACUCGCGGGGCGAUCCUAGUUUCCGAAGUCCUGUCGUGCCCUUUGUUGGCUAGGAGAUGUUAACUACCUCGCU